GACAUGGCUGUUCAUCUCAGAGCUCUUCUCCUCCUCGCUGGACUCACAGGAAGUCACAGUAUAACUACAGUCAGUAAAGUGUCAGUGAAAGCUGGAGAUUCGAUCACUAUCCCCUGUCUCUAUGAUUCACGAUACAUAAACAAUAUGAAGUACUUGUGCAUGGGAUAUUAUUGGUCCUCCUGCUCAUAUGCAGUUCAAACAAACCAACGAAAUUCAGGAAAGUUUUCGAUCUCCGAUGACAAAAGCCGAAGAAUCUUCACAGUGACGAUAAAAGAUCUGAAGGAUACAGACACUGAUUACUGGUGUAUUGUGGUUGUUAAUGGAGGAUCAGAUGUCGGAAAGUAUUUCCAACUGUCAGUCACCGGAGGUACACCACUUCUCUCUGUUGGUAAUCAGGAGAUUACAGGAUUUAAAGGAGAAGAAAUAACCAUACAAUGUCACAGUAGAGUUGAAGCCAUUAAGUGGUGCAGGCUGGGCAGCUCCUGUGUGACGGGGUCGUCUGGAUCAAUAGAUGGAACAGGAGUGAACAUCAGUGAGAGUGGACCAGGUGUUUUCACUGUGACUAUGAGUGGACUGAGGACAGAGAGCAGCGGCUGGUAUUCAUGUGUUAAAGAUGACUUCCAGAUGCCAGUGCAUGUAACUGUUACUGACAGACCUACCACUACCACACCUGCAAUGACUAGAAGUUUAACCACCUUAACAACAAGAAGUUUAACCACCGUAUCAGCCUCCACUGUUAAUCACAACCCUGUUUCUGCAGACCAAGCACUUAUCACAGUUCAGGGUGAACAGCAAAGCCGUGUGAUUUCUUUCAUCAUCACUUUGAGUUUGCUGGUCGUCAUUGUACUGGUGACCUUGUUCAUCUGCCUUAUGUUCAAAAGACACAAGCAGAACAAAAUAGAUCCGCCGGCCACAACAACGGCUAAAGAGGAAGUAACAUACAGCACUGUUAAGAAAAAGAGAAAGACUUCAAGCCAUCUUCACCAGGCUGAAGAAGCAGUAACAUACAGCACUGUUAAACCCAUGAGAAGAACUUCAGACCAGCGGUCCGAUGCUAAGAGGGAUGUGGACGUGAUAUACAGCUCUGUGCUUCAUGUAGAACAACACACUGUACACACGGUUGAAGUAAAAGAUGAGGAUGUAACAUACAGCAGCUUGGCUCUGGUCGAGAAAAACCUGUAAAUGUUCCCCCGACCCUGCAUCUUAUCCUUCUAUCUAUCACAAGUCUGUGGUUUUGCAGAAACUUCUUUUUUAAAUUUUGAGGAUGUACAUCUUCUCUUUUUUUUAUCCUCCUCUGCAAAGCUGUAAAACAUUUAAAACUAGUAUUGACCUGGGCCUGGUUUCCCUAAAGUGUUUUAUAGUUAACGUUGACUGCAAGACAAACCUUCUAAAGCUUAAGUGGUGUUUCCCAAAUGCAUCGACAAAAGCAUUAUACUCUUAGAAAUGAUCCUACGCACAUGCAGGAGGUUAAGAACAAGCUCCAGAACCUGCAGGAGGAACACACACACACACACACACACACACACACACACACACACACACACACACACACACACACACACACACCAUCAUUGAACUAUCAGUUUCUGUUUUCAUCAUUUCCCUCUCCCUCUUCUUGUUUUAUGUUUUCAUCUCUUCUGGCUAAAUUGCGACUCUGGUGAUAAUAUUUUUGCAUUUCCCAUGUCUUCUCUAUUCUUUUUAUUUAUGGUGCAUGUUUGAUAUAUAAAAAGUGACAUUUACAAUAGGUGACGUGCACAUUCAUGAAGUUCAUAGGAACAGGCAGAGCUACAUUUUGUGUUUACUAUGUGUUCAAGAGUUGUGUCAAAAAACAAAGGUUUCAAAUAAAAAUUUAAAAAUGUGUUUUAUUUACACAAAACUUUGAAAAGUCCAGAAAUGACAUGUAUAUGCUAUAAAUAAUAUAUAAAUGCUGUUGUAAUCACAGAUACUUCCUUAUAACAAUUCAAGUGAUUUAUGAUAUUUAAACAUUUCCAAAGCAAAUCUAUCGUAUAUAUUGAUUGACUUGGUACUUUAGGUCUACUGCAGUGGUUAUAUAUUUGGUUUAAUCUGAUUUGUGACAUGUCAACAAUACAAACUAUAUGAUUUAUGACUAUCUAAUGUUCCUACUAUCAACAAUAGACAACUCAAUUUGAAAUCUCUGAAAACUUUGAGCAGGAAAAUGUUUUUCUUGCCAUUAUAUGAAGAGAGAGUGAUUCCGUUAAAGCUUCAUUAUCUUUAUCACUUUUGGAUACAAGAACUAAAAGGUUGCAAUUGUUUCUACUCUCGUGUUUUAAUAAAUACAUUUCACUCCGUA